UUUUCAUAUUAUUACCACGUGCUAGUUAUAAAAACUAUUAUCAAUCAUUGCAUUUACAAACUGGCUUUUAAACAUAGUCUUGAGCGUUUCUGAAGAGUUGUAUUUUUGAAACCAAAACCGAAUAUCAUUUAAAGAAGACAUCUCAAAUGUCUGAUCCGGAUCCGGGUCAGCAAACUGAGCCGAAGGGUGACGACAGUGCAGGGAAUACGACUGAGGAGUCAACGACUAACAAACCCUCGGAUGAUGUGUCGCCGCCCCUGAUUCUGAGCGGAGACGGAGGCCAAGGAAAUGAAGAACCCUCGGCCGCUCCGAAAACCCCUGGAGAAGAGACAAAGCACGAAGACGAUAAGAAGGGAAGACCAAGAAAGGGAAAGAAAAAUCACCAGGCCGAGGACCACAAAAUCAAUCGGGAGAGACUGAAGCAACUGAAGGAAGAGCGAAGGGGACAGACGGAUGAGCGCCACCGUUACAUGUGGUACAAGAUAGCAGAUGUGAUCGGAACCGACGAGAACAAUGUGGAGGACCAGCUGCUGUCGGAUGACAGGUGGGACUACAUCGAGAAGUUCUUCGCAGCCAAUGGGUCCAAAUCACUCAUGUUCUACUACCAGGAAGUGCACAAGGAUCCGGUACCCGUGAUGCGUCUGGACGCUGCGAGUACUGUGGCCACAAGCACUACAGUGAAGAAACUGUUCAUCACGAAUGGAAGUCAGGAACCCCUUCUGGGAAUCUGCAUGUUCUUCCUGCGCAACUCCAAUGCAAAGGAAGUGACCAACCAGAAUAUUCAUAAUGACGUGAACUUUGGGAUGAUGGAUGCUACCAACAGUAGUGUUCUGGAGGCCCUGGAGACAUACAUGUCCACUACUCUGGUGCCGGCUCUCAAGGCAUGUUCCCCUGAUGCGUGGGGUUCGCUGAAGAACAGCAAGAGUGGUCAAGUGAGGGAGUUCCUGGACUCUCUGGACAAGUUUGUAUCCACUCUGGGAGCGGCGAGGAGUUCGCUCGAAGGCCAGAUUCAACUGCACGAGUAUGAAUACACGCCCAUCAUCGACAUGCUAUCCACUCCAAAUGGGUACCAAGAUGCUGCCGCAAGUAGUGAGACUACUGAGAAGCUGGAGACUCUUCUGGGUCAUUGGUGUAAGCAGAUAGAGACUGUUCUGGCAGAGAGCGAGCAGAUCAGACGGGAGGCAGACGACGUCGGACCGUCGGCCGAGUUGGAACACUGGAAGAAACGAAUGGCCACCUUCAACAGUCUUCUUGACCAGAUCAAGUUGACCAGAUGCAAGUCGGUGGUAGCUGCACUGCAGUAUGCCAAGUCACGGGCAGUGAAGAGAUGGAGGGAGCUAGACAUGCGGAUCACAGAUGCAGCCAACGAGGCCAAGGACAACGUCAAGUACCUCUACACCCUCGACAAGUUCUUCGGACCCCUCGGAACAUGCGAUCCAAAGAGCAUGGUUGAGAUCCUGCCUAGUUUGCUGACAGCAGUGAAGAUGAUCCACAGCAUCAGCCAGUACUACAACACGAGUGAGAGGAUGACGUCACUGUUCGUGAAAGUGACCAAUCAGAUGAUCACCACCUGCAAGGCCUACAUCAAGGAGGGCGUGUCCAACAUACGCGAAAUGGACAGAGAUGACCCAAACUACAACUUGUACGAGACGUACUCUGAGCCAAGGGAGCUGCUGCUGGAGAGAAUAGCAGACUGCCUGUUGCUGAGAGAUGAGUACAAGAAUGAGUUCAGACGGGUGAAGGAGAAUGCAGAAGAAAAGGAGGAGAAAAACUUCGACUUCAGUGAGAACUACAUCUUCGGCAAAUUCGACGCCUUCUGCAGACGUCUGGAGAAGAUCAAGAACAUGAUGGAGACCAUCGACAACCUCUCAGGACUCACGGACGUCCGAGUGGAAGGUAUCGACGUGCUGGCUAUCAAGUUCCAGAACAUCGUGAUGGCGACAAAGAAGAAGAGCUAUGAUUUGUUGGACCACAGGAAGAACGACUUUGACAACGACUACGAUGAUUUCAAGACUCAGAUCGACGCUCUCAUGGGACAGUUGCAGACGUUCGUAGACCAGCAGUUCGAAAAGAGCGCUUCGGUUUUGCGAGACAAUUCUGCUAUGAAUGUUGGGGCUACUGCCCGUUCUCUGAACCUGCUCGAGAAGUUCGAGAGAAUCACCCUCCCAGCAGAUGUGAAACUGGACCUGCACGAUAAGUAUCAACUGGUCUUCUUCAAGUAUGGAAAGGACGUUGACCUCUGUCGCAAGACUUACAUGAAACAGAAGGUGGACCCUCCCAUGCCCAGGAACUACCCUCCGAUCUCCGGCAAAAUCUACUGGUCGCGUCAACUGCUGCGCAAAAUUGACGAGCCAAUGCAGAUUUUCAAAACGAAACAAGAGCUUCUGAAGUCAAACGAAGCGAAGAAAAUAGUGAAAAACUACAACCGAAUGGUGUCUGCUCUUCUCGAAUUCGAACUGAUGUAUCAUCGCACAUGGUUCAAAGCAGUUGAAAUAGCGAGAUCAGGAAUGAACUCUUCGCUUUUGAUUCGACACCCUGAGACGAAUAAGUUCGUGCUGAACUUCGACAACCAGAUCUACGAGUUGAUAGACGAAGCUAAAAACUUUAUUAAACUGGAAUUGGAGAUACCAGAAGCGGCAAGAAACAUGAUGAACAAUGAAGAGGUGAUCAAAGGUAUCAACAGGAACGUGUCGUCGGCAGUGAAGAGGUACUACAAGGUGGUCAAGUCUAUUCCUCAGCUGCUGGUGCCUCUGAUGAAGCCCUUCUGUGACAAAGUGGAGGCUGUGAUGGAACGAGGAGUGGUCAAACUAUCCUGGAACUCUGCCAGUCUCGGAACUUACAUUGAAGACUGUGAGCAUGAGAUCAACGAACUGGAAGUCCUGACCAAACACGUCUCGGAUAUCCUCGAGUGCCGAAUUGAAGCCACUCUUCACGAGAUGGAACGAACUGCCCUCUGCGAAGUGCCCGAGCACGACACUAUGACCCCCAAAGACUUCCUUGAUCUAACUGAGCUGACAUGCGGGAAGGCCUUCGAGUCUCUUAAAAACCAGAGUCUGAAAGUGGAGGCUUCGGUUGACGAACUGAUUGAAACUCUGAAGUCUCAACUGUGGGAUGAUUCCCUGAAAGUGGGAUUGGAUCAGGAGCAUUACCCGUGCUCGAACCCAGAAGGAAAGCACAAGACUAGAUGUCAGGAGUGUCUUUCUUGCUCGUUCUACAACACGCUGAACACUUUCUCCCAGAGAAACACCGAGUCACUGAUUAAGUGCACCAAGUUGUCCCUGGACAUGAUCCGAAGACGUCUGCAAGUGUCCAGUGUUUACGGCAAGAACAAGGACUCGGACGAGUCCAAAGUGCCUCUCUUCAAGACUGACAUCGUCCUGGCCAUCCCUCUUAUCCAGAUCAAACCCAGUCUGGAGAACAUCCAGAAGUAUCUGACGGACUCCGUGCAGGUGAUCUUGAAGAUGACAACUGAGUUCCCGACUUGGAGACACUCUAAAGUCCAGCAGCAACAGCAACAGAAGGAAUGGGAGAUGCAACAAGAUCAGAACAAAGACGACAAAGUUGUGCAACAAUUCACAGUGAAGCCGCUGCACAAAAUCAUUUCCGAUCACAAAGACGUGAUCAAGGUUGUGAUUCCCCUCCAAUCUGUCAUUUCCUCCAACAAAGUGGAGGUGGACGAACAACUCAAGGAGUUCGACAGAUUCUCCGAGCUGUGGAAGGAAGAUCCUGCUGACAAGGUCAAGGAGUUCCAGGAAAGCGAACCAUUGAUGUCGGACUACGGCAUCCAGAUCAGGAAAUACCAGAACUUGGAGAACGAUAUAAAUGCAUUACAACCUGCGUACCAAGUGGGCUCUCUGCUUCUCAUCACCGAACCAUUGCAGAUGUCUCUGAUCCAGGAAACGCGAAACUGGAAGUGGGCUUACGGAAAAGCACUUAAUGAGGUUGGAUCCACGAAGAUGCAAGAGAUCUUUGAUUUCAUCGAGGUUCUCAACAAGAAAAUGUCGAGGCCUAUCAAAGAUCUCGACGAUAUUCGAACUGCUAUGGCCGCUCUGAUGGAGAUGCGAGAGCGAUUCAUAUCAAUUGAGAUGACAAUUGCGCCUAUUGAAGAAGCUUAUCAUAUUUUGAACAGGUUUGAACUUGUCUUCAAUGACGGAAACGCAGAGCGAGUGGACAGCUUGACGUACGCCUGGAAGAAGCUGAUCACUCAAGCUAAAGAGAACCAAGACAACCUUCUUGAGGUGCAGCCAGGCUUCAAAGGCGGGCUCUUGGACGGAAUCAGUCAGUUCAAAAAUGACCUUGGAAGCUUUGAUGAUGAAUAUGGUAGUAAGGGUCCGAUGGAGGAAGGAAUUAAACCGAGAGAGGCGUCGGACCGACUUGUCGUGUUCCAGGCGAAGUUCGACGAACUGUGGCGGAAGUACCAGUCAUAUUCUGGUGGCGAGGAACUGUUCGGAUUGAGUGUGACAGACUACCCUAAUCUACAGAAAACGAAGAAGGAAUUGAACCUUCUGCAGAAACUGUACUCGCUGUACAAUGACGUCAUUGACACUGUGAAUGGCUACUAUGACAUCCCGUGGACCGAUGUGGACAUCGAGAAGAUCAACCAGGAACUGACUGACUUCCAAAAUAAGUGUCGAAAACUGCCGAAAGCGUUGAAAGACUGGCAAGCAUUUGAGGAGUUAAAGAAAACGAUUGACGACUUCAACGAGACUUGUCCUCUGCUGGAGAUGAUGGCCAACAAGUCCAUGAAAACGAGGCAUUGGGACAGAAUCGCCACUCUCACUGGCCAUACAUUCGAGAUAGAGAGCGAGAACUUCCUGCUGAAAAACAUCAUGGAGGCCCCUCUCCUACAGUACAAAGAAGACAUCGAGGACAUCUGCAUAGCGGCUGUGAAAGAGAAGGACAUCGAGGCUAAACUGAAGCAGGUGGUGAGUGAUUGGAGUGUGCAGAGCUUCUCCUUCUCCAACUUCAAGACCAGAGGAGAACUGCUUCUCAAGGGACAGGAGACGAGUGAGAUAGUGGCACUCAUGGAAGACUCACUCAUGAUACUCGGAUCUCUCAUGAGCAACAGAUACAACGCACCAUUCAAAGCUGACAUUCAGAAAUGGGUGCAGAAGUUAUCUACUACCACCGAGAUCAUUGAGAAUUGGAUGACAGUGCAGAACUUGUGGGUAUACUUGGAGGCUGUAUUCGUGGGCGGAGACAUCGCCAAGCAACUUCCCCAGGAGGCCAAGCGGUUCUCAAACAUUGACAAAUCCUGGGUUAAAAUCAUGACUCAUGCUCACGAGAACCCUAAUGUGGUCACAUGUUGUGUCGGAGAUGACAUGCUUGGUCAGCUUCUUCCCCAUCUUCUGGAACAACUCGAAUUGUGUCAGAAGUCUUUGACAGGAUACCUGGAAAAGAAACGUCUGAUCUUCCCCCGAUUCUUCUUCGUCUCGGAUCCGAGUCUGCUCGAGAUCCUCGGACAGGCAAGUGACUCGCACACUAUCCAAGCGCACUUGCUGAACAUUUUCGAUAACUUGGCGACUGUGACAUUCCAUGACAAAGAGUAUGACAAAAUGGUGGCGUUCAACUCAUCCGAAGGCGAGAGCAUCGAUUUCGAAAGGCCUGUUAUGGCUCAAGGAAACGUCGAGAUCUGGCUUGGAACUGUCUUGACUGAGCAGCAAAAGUCGCUUCAUAGUGUGAUUCGAAGAGCGAAUGUGGCGUUGGGAGAUACUGGAUUUAAGAUGAUUGAGUUCCAGAACCAGUUUGCAGCCCAAGUGGGUCUUCUGGCUUUGCAGAUCAUCUGGACUAGAGACUCGGAAGUCGCGUUGCAAAAUGCAAAAACGGAUCGAAAAAUCAUGGCUAACACUAACCAGAUGUUCUUGGAAAUCUUGAACGAGUUGAUCGACCAGACUACUCAUGAGUUGACUAAGAUGGAGAGGACGAAGUUUGAGACCCUCAUUACCAUUCAUGUGCAUCAGAAGGACAUCUUUGACGACCUUGUCAGACUCAACAUCAAGUCACCAGGUGACUUUGAGUGGCUGAAACAGAGUAGGUUCUACUUCAAGGAGGAGACGGACGAGUGUCUAGUAUCCAUCACAGACGUCAACUUCAACUACAUGAAUGAGUACCUCGGCUGCACAGACAGACUCGUAAUCACCCCACUCACUGACAGGUGUUACAUUACCUUGGCGCAAGCCCUUGGUAUGUCACUCGGAGGAGCUCCUGCUGGACCGGCUGGUACAGGAAAAACCGAGACCACCAAAGACAUGGCUCGUUGUCUAGGCAAAUACGUUGUCGUGUUCAACUGCUCCGAUCAGAUGGACUUCCGAGGUCUGGGUAGGAUCUACAAGGGUCUGGCACAGUCUGGCUCCUGGGGAUGCUUCGAUGAGUUCAACCGAAUUGACCUCCCCGUGUUGUCCGUCGCUGCUCAACAGAUUUACGUGGUGCUGCAGUGUAAAAAGGAAAAGAAGACCCAAUUCGUCUUCACUGAUGGUGACAUUGUGGACUGCGACCCAGAGUUUGGUCUCUUCAUCACAAUGAAUCCGGGUUACGCCGGACGUCAGGAGUUGCCUGAGAAUCUGAAGAUUCAGUUCAGAUCCGUCGCUAUGAUGGUACCGGACCGUAUGAUCAUCAUGCGUGUCAAACUGGCCAGCUGCGGUUUCCAGCAGAACAUAAUUCUGUCCCGAAAAUUUUUCACACUGUACAAACUGUGCGAAUUGCAACUAACUAAACAAGUCCAUUACGAUUUCGGUUUGAGAAACAUUUUGUCAGUAUUGCGUACUUUGGGUGGUGAGAAGCGUCUGAACCCCCAAGAUGCUGAGAACAUCACUGUGAUGAGAGUUUUGCGAGAUAUGAACUUGUCUAAACUUGUAGACGAGGACGAACCGCUUUUCCUUUCGCUAAUCGACGAUCUGUUUCCUGGCAUUGAUCUGGAUAAAAAAGGAUACCCGGAUAUUGAAGGUGCGAUUAAGAAGGAAAUUGAGGAAGCUCAGUUGAUUCACCAUGCACCGUGGGUUCUGAAGCUGAUCCAACUGUACGAAACCCAAAGAGUCCGUUGGGGAAUGAUGGCUCUCGGACCCUCGGGAGCAGGAAAGACUAAAUGUAUCCAGAUGCUGAUGAAAGCUAUGACUGAUUGUGGAGCCCCCCAUAAGGAAAUGAGAAUGAACCCGAAAGCCAUCACUGCGCCGCAGAUGUUUGGACGCCUGGAUGCCGCUACCAAUGACUGGACUGAUGGUAUUUUCUCGACUCUCUGGCGCCGAACUCACAAAGUCAAGAAGAGUGACAAUGUCUGGAUUGUUCUGGACGGUCCAGUAGAUGCUAUCUGGAUUGAAAAUUUGAACUCUGUGUUGGACGAUAACAAGACCUUGACCUUGGCGAACGGAGAUCGAAUUGUCAUGGCUCCGAACUGCAAAGUGGUAUUCGAACCACAUAACAUUGACAACGCUUCGCCGGCUACUGUGUCGAGAAACGGCAUGGUAUUCAUGUCAAGUUCGAUUCUCGAUUGGGACCCGCUCGUCCGCGCAUGGUGUCGCCGACAACCUAACGGAAUCUCUGACACCGUUUACCAGCUGUACGAAAAAGUUUUCCCACAAUUGUACACGUAUAUCAAUCAGAACCUUGUGCCAAAAAUGCCGCUUCUAGAAGCCAUGUAUGUCCGACAGAGUUUGGACAUGAUGGAUGGGCUGCUGCCCAGCGAGGAAAAUGCAAAGUUACCGUCAGAUAAACAUCUGGAGAGGCUGUUUGUCUUUGCAAUCAUGUGGUCUCUAGGAGCUGUUUUGGAGCUGGGAGACAGAUCAAAAAUGGAAGCCGAGUUAAGGAAAAUGAAGGUGGUCGAUUUGCCAAAAGCAGAGUUCGACGGCGAUACUAUAUUUGAGUUUUUCGUAAAUGAAUCAGGAGAUUGGGAUCACUGGAGCAAAAAGGUACCCGACUUCGACUACCCGAAGGAUUCGACUCCGGACUACUCUGGAAUUUUGGUUCCUAACGUGGACAACAUCCGGACGGACUUCCUGAUCCAAGUGAUCGCCAAACAGGAGAAGGGAGUGCUGCUUAUCGGUGAGCAGGGUACUGCGAAGACAGUGAUGAUCAAAGGCUUCUGUGGGCGAUAUGACGCCGAGUACCACCUGAGCAAGAGCAUGAACUUCUCCUCGGCCACUGAGCCCAUCAUGUUCCAGAGGACUGUGGAGAGUUAUGUGGACAAGAGAGUGGGUACUACUUAUGGACCCCCGGCAAACAAGAAGAUGACUGUGUUUGUGGAUGACAUCAACAUGCCAGUCAUCAACGACUGGGGAGACCAGAUCACGAACGAAAUUGUACGUCAGACUAUGGAGAACAAGGGCUUCUACAAUUUGGAGAAGCCGGGCGAGUUCACCAACAUAGUGGACAUCCAGUUCAUGGCUGCCAUGAUCCACCCGGGAGGGGGUAGAAACGACAUCCCCCAGAGACUGAAGAGACAGUUCAACGUCUUCAACUCCACUCUGCCCUCCAAUGCAUCUAUCGACAAGAUCUUCUCAACUAUCGGAAAAGGCCACUACGUCCCCGAGCGUGGCUUCUCAGUCGAAACACAGGAAAUAGUCGGGAAGCUAGUACCCCUAACCCGAAUCAUCUGGCAGAAGACGAAGAUAAAGAUGUUGCCAACCCCAGCCAAGUUCCACUACAUCUUCAACUUGAGAGAUCUCUCCCGAAUCUGGCAGGGAAUGAUCAACACCUCUUCAGAUGUGGCCAAUGACUCGAAGACCCUGGUGCAGCUGUACAAACACGAGUGCACUCGAGUUAUUGCAGAUCGGUUCAUCAAUUAUGACGACAUGAACUGGUUCGACAAAUCUAUCAAACAGUUGGUGACUGACGAACUGGGCGCUGAGUACACCCAGUACAUGGAAAUGGAGCCCUACUUUGUCGACUUCCUCCGAGAAGCACCCGAGCCCACUGGAGAGGAGGCUGAGGACGCCGUGUUCGAUGCCCCUAAAGUGUAUGAGCCGAUUGUGAGUUUCGACCAGCUGAAGAGUAAGCUGCAGGAGUUCCAGGUGCAGUACAACGAGGCAGUCAGAGGAGGCGUCAUGGACCUCGUAUUCUUCAAGGACUGCAUGUGCCACUUGACCAAGAUCUCGCGCAUCAUUCGAACCCCCAGAGGAAAUGCCCUGCUAGUGGGAGUGGGUGGAUCGGGCAAACAGAGUCUCACUCGACUGGCCUCAUUCAUCGCCGGAUACAAGAGCUUCCAAAUCACACUCACACGAUCGUACAACCAGAGCAAUCUGAUGGAUGACCUGAAAGUGCUAUACCGCAUGGCAGGUAAAGACGGACUGGGAGUGACAUUCAUAUUCACCGACAACGAGAUCAAAGACGAGGGAUUCCUAGAGUACAUGAACAACGUGCUCGCAUCAGGAGAAGUGUCAAAUCUGUUCGCGAGGGAUGAGUUGGACGAGAUCACGGGUGAGCUAAUCCCAGUGAUGAAAAAGGAGUACCCGAGGAGACCCCCGACCAUCGAGAACCUCUACGACUACUUCCUAACAAGAGUCAAAAACAACCUUCACGUCGUUCUCUGCUUCUCUCCUGUGGGUGAGAAGUUCCGAAACCGUUCGCUCAAAUUCCCCGGUCUUGUGUCUGGCUGUACGAUGGACUGGUUCCACAAGUGGCCUCGGGAGGCACUGGUCGCAGUGUCGGGUCACUUCCUCUCGCCAUUCGAGAUAGUGGCCGCCGACAACGUCAAGUCGGCUCUGAUCGCUGUGAUGGGAGAGAUCCACGACGGAGUGGCAGACAUUUGUGUCGAGUACUUCAACAGAUUCAGAAGGGAGACGCACGUGACCCCCAAGUCUUACUUGUCGUUCUUGGACGGCUACAAAGGCAUCUACACUGAGAAGAAAGAGCGACUGCAGACACUGGCCCAGAGGAUGCAGACUGGUCUGGACAAGUUGGUGGAGGCGACUGAGAGUGUGAAUGCACUCAGUAAAGAACUGGCCGUGAAAGAGAAGGAGUUGGCAGUGGCGUCCAAGGAGGCCGACGAGGUGUUGAAAGAGGUGACGGCCAAGCAGACGUCGGCGGAGGCCGUGAAGGCCCAGGUGCAGACUGUGAAGGACAGGGCACAGGCACUGGUGGAGGAGAUCGAGGCGGACAAGGCGGUGGCAGAGAAGAAACUGUCCGCAGCUGCACCUGCUCUCGCAGAGGCAGAGGCUGCAUUGCAGACGAUCAAAGCGGCCGAUAUCUCCACAGUGAGAAAAUUGGGCAAGCCUCCUCAUCUGGUCAUGAGGAUCAUGGAUGCUGUGCUGCUCCUGUUCCAGAAGAAGAUUGACCCAACCACCAAGGACCCAGAGAAAGAGUGUGUGAAGCCCUCUUGGGGAGAGAGUCUGAAACUGAUGGGAAACACUCAGUUCCUCACUCAGCUGCAGACAUUCCCCAAGGAUACGAUCAACGAAGAAAUGGUUGAGCUGUUGGCCCCCUAUCUGGAGACAGAAGACUACAACCUCGAAACAGCCAAGAAGGUAUCCGGCAACGUCGCAGGUCUUCUCUCGUGGACCCAGGCAAUGAGCUUCUUCUAUGGCGUCAACAAAGAGGUACUGCCUCUCAAAGCUAAUUUGGUUGUGCAGAGUUCGCGUCUCGCUGGAGCCCAGGCUGAGUUAUCUGAGGCACAAGGACAACUCGACCAGAAGGAAGCUGAGCUGAAAGAAGUGCAGCAAAUGUACGACUCUGCUAUUCAGAAGAAACAGGAUCUACUUGACGACGCGGAAUCAUGCCGACGAAAAAUGCAGAACGCUACAACGCUGAUUGACGGACUUUCAGGCGAGAAGAUUCGUUGGACUGAGGCUAGCAAGUCGUUCGACGACCAGACUAUUCGAUUAGUUGGUGACGUUUUGCUGGCAACUGGCUUCCUGUCGUACUCCGGGCCCUUCAACCAGGAGUUCCGAAACGUGCUUCUGAAAUCUUGGCGAAAAUUGAUGGCUAAUAACAAGAUUCCCUACAGCGAUGAUCUGGAUUUGAUCCAGAUGCUGGUCGACAAUGCGACUAUCGGAGAGUGGAAUCUGCAAGGUCUGCCCAAUGAUGAUUUGUCGGUUCAGAAUGGUAUCAUUACGACCAAAGCGGCCAGAUAUCCCUUGAUUAUUGACCCGCAGUUGCAAGCCAAGACAUGGAUCAAAAACAAAGAAAAAGAAAAUGAGCUGCAGGUGACAUCGUUGAACCACAAGUACUUCCGAAACCACUUGGAGGACGCACUGUCGCUGGGGAGACCCCUUCUGAUAGAGGACAUCAAUGAAGAGCUGGAUCCUGCCCUGGACAACAUUUUCGAGAAGAAUUUCGUCAGAUCUGGCAGACAGCUCAAGGUGAAAGUGGGAGACAAGGAGUGUGACGUGAUGCAGGGCUUCAAGAUGUACGUCACUUCCAAACUGGGAAACCCAAGUUACACUCCCGAGAUCUAUGCGAGGACCUCCAUCAUCGACUUCACUGUGACCAUGAAGGGACUGGAAGACCAGCUGCUCGGAAUUGUGAUCAUCAAGGAGAAAGCGGAACUGGAACAAGAGCGUGUGAGUCUAAUGGAAGAGGUGACAGCUAACAAACGGAAGACUCAGGAGCUGGAGGACAAUCUGCUGUACAGACUGACAUCCACUCAGGGAUCCCUGGUGGAGGAUGAGUCACUGAUUGCGGUGCUGCAGAGCACCAAAGUGACGGCAGCCGAGGUGAAGGAGAAACUGAAGGUGGCGGCCGAGACUGAAAUCAAAAUCAACACUGCAAGAGAGGAGUACAGACCAGUGGCCAACCGUGGUAGCAUCGUCUACUUCUUGAUCGUGGAGAUGAGCAUGGUCAACAUCAUGUACCAGACGUCUCUCAAACAGUUCCUCGGAAUAUUCGACCUCUCCAUGGAACGGGCUCCCAAAUCCCCCAUCACCAGCAAGCGAAUUGCCAAUGUGAUUGACAGCUUGACAUUUGAGUCAUUCAGAUACACCAUCAGAGGUCUUUAUGAAGAGCAUAAGUUCAUGUUCACACUUUUGGUGACCUUGAAGAUAGACUUGAACAUGAAGAGAAUCAAGCCGGACGAGUUCAACACUUUGAUCAAGGGUGGUGCUGCCCUGAAUCUGAAUGACGUGGAGCCAAAGCCGAAGAAGUGGAUUCUGGACAUGGCAUGGCUCAAUCUCUGUGCACUCAUACACCUGCCCCAGUUCAACCAGAUCCUCCAACAGGUCGGGCGCAAUGACAAAGCCUGGAAGCAGUGGUUCGAUGAAGAUGCGCCAGAGGAAGCCACCAUCCCAGACGGAUACAACACUCUGGAUCCCUUCCGCAAACUUCUCCUCAUCCGCAGCUGGUGUCCAGACAGGACUCUAGCUCAGGCCAGACACUACAUCGUCGACUCUAUGGGCCCUAGGUUUGCGGAGGCUCAAAUUCUUAACUUGGAGAAUCUGUGGGAGGAAUCAGACAACAGGACCCCUAUGAUCUGCUUCCUCAGUAUGGGCUCAGAUCCCACUGAGAGUAUUGAGAAGUUGGCCAAGAAGCACGGACUGUCGUGCAAGGCCAUCUCCAUGGGACAGGGACAGGAGAUACACGCGAGGAAGCUCCUGUCUAACGCCAUGGCCGAAGGUGGCUGGGUGUUGUUCCAAAACUGCCAUUUGGGUCUGGACUACAUGGAUGAAAUGCUGGACAGUGUGAUCUCGGCCGAAAACCCAGACGAGAAGAUGCGUGUGUGGAUCACUAGUGAAGCCCAUCCCAAGUUUCCCAUCACAGUCCUCCAGAGUUCAAUCAAGUUCACCUUUGAUCCUCCACAGGGAGUCAAGGCCGGUCUCAAGCGAACAUUCGCAGGUGUGACCCAGGAUCAGUUGGAGAUCUCGAAUCUGCCAGAGUGGAAGCCACUGCUCUAUGCUGUGGCAUUCCUCCACACAGUGGUACAGGAGAGGAGGAAGUUCGGACCCCUGGGCUGGAAUAUCCCCUAUGAGUUCAACAGUGCCGACUACACUAGCACAGUGCAGUUCUGCCAGAACCACCUCGACGAAGUGGACCCUAAGAAGGGGAUCUCGUGGGCAACCAUCCGCUACAUGAUAGGGGAGGUGCAGUACGGAGGCAGAGUGACGGACGACUUCGACAAGAUCCUGCUGAACUGCUUCGCCCGCUCCUGGUUCGGAGACCACAUGUUCAAGGACGACUUCUCAUUCUACAAAGGAUACGCCAUCCCUAAAUGCAAGACAGUGGACGAAUAUCGAAACCUAAUUGAAGGCAUGCCGAAUGUCGAUACGCCUCAAGUGUUCGGACUGCAUCCGAAUGCCGACAUCACCUACCAGACGAACACAGCCAGCAAGUGUCUCGAGACUAUCCUCAACAUCCAGCCAAAGGAAGCCGGCGGAGGAGGAGGGGAGUCCAGAGAACAGGUGGUGUACAAGCAGGCACAGGAGUUCCUGGACAAACUGCCACCUGACUAUGUGCCACAUGAGGUGCGAGAUAGACUGAAGAAGAUGGGACUCCUGCAGCCUCUGAAUAUCUUCUUGAAACAGGAGAUAGACCGGAUGCAGAAAGUAAUCAAGAUGGUGAGGUCCACUUGUAAGGAUCUGAAGUUGGCCAUAGAUGGUACCAUCAUCAUGAAUGAUACACUGAGGGAUGCUCUGGAUGAGUUGUACGAUGCGAGGGUUCCGAACUCAUGGAAGAAGAUCUCGUGGAGCAGUGCGACAAUUGGGUUCUGGUUCUCGGAGCUGCUGGACAGGAACACCCAGUUCCACUCUUGGUGCUUCCAGGGAAGACCCAACUGCUUCUGGCUUACAGGAUUCUUCAAUCCUCAGGGAUUCCUGACAGCCAUGAGGCAAGAAAUCACCCGUGCCCACAAGGGAUGGGCCCUGGAUUCAGUCGUGCUUUGCAACGACAUGACCAAAAUGAUGCGGGAAGAUGUGACUGCUGGACCAAGUGAGGGAGUCUACAUCUAUGGAUUGUAUCUGGACGGAGCAGGGUGGGACAGAAGGAACAUGCGGCUGACUGAGGCACAGGCCAAAGUGCUCUACUCACAACUGCCCAUUGCUCAUUUGUAUGCCAUCAAUACCACUGCGGCCAAAGAUAACAAACUGUACGCGUGUCCUGUGUACAAGAAGCCAAACAGGACGGACUUGAACUUCAUCUUCCAACUGAACCUGAAGACCCAACAGCUCCCAGACCACUGGAUCUUGAGAGGAGUAGCACUGCUGUGCGACAUCAAAUAAACAGACAACCGAUAAACAACAACAGUGACAAACUAAAAAUAUAUCAGGAAAAAGAAACAGUUCAUUGAGCAGACUGAUUAAUGUAAACUAUAAUCAUAACAUAACACAUGGAAGUUUCGGUUAGAAAUUGAAAGAAAAAAAUGAGUUAUUCUUCAGAAACAUUAUCAUCUACUUGCGAUUAAAACAUCUGUAAACUCAUCAAAAAUGGUGUAUAUAUUAUAUCAUUUUAAUUACUCAUUGACAUUGAGUAGUGUAUAUAGUCGAGGAUUAAUACACAUGCAAGUCGCAUUGUCGUUUGGACAUCCUUUGAUUGUAAAUUUAUCGGGUUUGAAAGAGUGAAAAAAAAUGAUUUUGGUGUGCCCUGAAUGAGACGAAAUAAUACAGCAUGCAUAAUCAAUUUGAUGUAAAUACCUGUAAAUAAACAUUCAUUCACAGCAA